AUGCACAGAGGCCACUUACUAUGGGGCAUUCAGCUGGUGGCAACGGGUGUUCAGUUGGGGAACGCAUUCUUCCUGACUGUUCUGCCGAUGGUCAUCAAGGAAAGAUACGUUAAUGCUACUAGCCAAUCGGUUACCAACCUAUCCCGGAUGGAUGACAGCUGGCAGGUGUCUGUGUCCAGCUUCUUCAUGACUUACAGAGUGCUGAGUCAACUGGUUCCCAUCCUACCGGGACUUUUUCUGGCAUGGCGGGAUAUGGGCUGGAGGAAAAGCCUCAUUGCGCUCCCACUGCUGGGCCUCAUGCUAUCCCGACUUGUGGUUCUAUUCAUGUUGAUACUGGACUGGCCGCUCAAAGUCUUGUGGGUGGACGUGAUCAUCACUGGAUUGUGUGGGGGCACCACUGUUUUCUGGAGUGGCAUCAUGACUCUGUUGUCUCUUAGCUCCACGGGGCAGGAUAGAUCCAAACUAUUGAUGAGAGCAGAGCUUAUCAGUGGACUAUCUGGUGUUGUGGGCUGUUUGACAGCUGGACACUUGUACGAUUUCUCCAGUCCAACCCUGAGACCAGGUGUUGUCACCUUGCUGCUGUGUUUUCUGCUUCAUGCAUCCUGCAUCCUCUAUGUGAUCUUCUUCCUACAGGUAGGAGCAUUGUGUGAUAACAAGACCCUGAAAAAAGCCAACGACGAAGCCACAUGGGACCAUCCACACAAAGUUUCGAACAUAAUACUGUUGUGGGUGUCAGUUGUCCUCUACAAUGCCGUAGAUUCUUCAACCAGAAACAUACUGGUCUUGUUUCAGUUGAUGGAGCCUCUCCACUGGAAUGUGAUUCAGGUUGGCUAUGGGAAUGCCUCUGGCUUCCUGAUUACACUCUCAAGCUUCCUGAGUUCCGUGAUUUUAUCAAGGUGGCUCAGUGAUAGCGCUCUGAUCACCAUCGGCCUGCUCUCCAAUGCUGCUGGCAUGCUUCCUAUGGCCUUUGCCACCACUACAUACAUGUUCGUAAUCGCCCGUGCCCUGACAUUCUUCUCCCUGAUGCCUGUUCCGUUCAUCUGUUCUCUAUUGUCCCAGCAAGUACAUGGUUCUUCAUACAGUAAACUCCUCACCUCACUGCAGCUGUCUUUGAAAAUCUCCAGUGCGGGAACUAACCUGCUGUAUGCCAAGAUUUACAAAGAGACUUUCAGUUGGUUUCCUGGCCUUGUCCUAGUACUAUCCAGCUUGAUAUCCACUCUGGCCAUCAUACCCAUAAGGCCCGGCACACUGGCCCAUUGGACCACCGGGGUUAUCCCCGGUCUCCCCAUCUGCCAGUGUCAAAUCGAGCUUACCCCAGGCUCCCCUGCUCCUUGGAACUAA